AUGGAUGAGCAAUUAGGUGAUGAAAAUCUUUCGUCGACAAUAUUGAAAAAACAACUGGAACGAAUCAAAGGAAAGGAAGAAAUCCGAAAUGUGAUUCAUGAAUCUAUAGAGACGGAAUUUUCAAUACCCUGUUCACUUGAAGCUUACGAUUCGGAAAAUGCCAAUGUGCAAUUUUGGCGUUUUAUGGCUGGAAAAUUUGCUAGUGAAUUGGACAAAUUACGAGCAGACAAUCUUAAUCUAGAAAAUUUGAUAAACAGCGGAAAAACUCGGCUAGAAGAACUCAAAGAUAUGAAUUCCGAACUGUUAGAAAAGGCACAACAUCUGGAUGAUGCUACUAAUGAGGAUAAAUCCACUUCUUCGUCAUCCGAAUUUAACUAA